UUUACAGUCAAGAUAGUGCAUGCUAGCACGAGCUUUCCGCUCAGGAGCCAUCACCACUGUUGCUCCUAUUAGGUCCUUAGUUGCACUAUUUCCCCGCGCCAAGGCUCUCGCCUGCAGCCUGCCAGCUAGACCUGAAACAAUGAGCGGGAGGCCGCGCCGUGCGCCGAAGCGGAGCAAGAAGUAUGACGACGAAGUGGACGACUUCUCCGACGAUGGCAGCGACGUGCCGCUCUCGGACAGCGACUCGGAGGACCGCAAGCCCCGCAAAAAGGCCGCGGCUGCCCGCGGCAAGAAGUCGGUAGAGGCCUUCACGACGGACGAGGGCUGGAGCUUUGAGCCCCCGUCAAUUUUCUACAAGGAGUAUGGUGACGCGCAGCCUGCCGACAAGAUUGCUGCUUUCGACCUGGACGGGACGCUGGUUAACACCAAGAGCGGCGCAAUGUUCGCCAAGGACGACCUGGACUGGAAGUGGUACAACAAGAGCGCUCCCGAGAAAAUCCAGGCCUAUGCUGACGAGGGCUACAAGAUUGUGGUGUUCACGAAUCAGGGCACCAUCAAGAGCGCCGUGAAGGGCAAGGCUGCAGAGAAGGUCCUGUCCCGCAUCGACUCCAUCAUGGAGGAGCUGGGCGUGCCGGUGCAAGUGUUCGCCUGCACCAUGGACGACCACUACCGCAAGCCCGAGCGUGGCAUGUGGGACUUUUUUGUCUCUCGCUUCAACGGCGGGGUGGCACCAGAUCACUCCAAAUCGUUUUUCGUGGGGGACGCUGCUGGGCGCACCGCGGACUUCGCUGACACGGACAAGGGCUUCGCGGACAACGUCGGCAUCGGCUUCCGGACGCCGGAGGACGAGUUCGGGCACGCAGACGGCGGCAAGAAAACUGCUGCCAAGAAGGGUGGCGGCGAUGUGGAGGUGGCGGUGCCCGAGAACGAAGCACUGGUGCAGGUGUUCGAGGAGCUGUCGGCGAAGGCGUUCGAGUUCUCCAAGUCUGAUCCGAAGGCCAAGUUCAAGGGCAUCGCGUUGAAGAAGGCUGGCAAGGCCCUGGCGGAAUUUCCGAAUCAGAUCACUCUGGCCAACUUGAAGGAGGUCAGCGGUCUUCCGGGUGUCGGCAAGGGCUCAAUUGCCAAGGUCAAGGAAUUCCUGGAGACGGGCACGGUCGCGGAGCUGUCCGGCGUGGACGACCUGGCCGGCGUGGGCAAGGCUGCCCCGCAGAUUGCUGACCCUGGCAAGGACAUGGCUAUGAACUUCAUGUAGUUAAUAGCGCCGAUGCAUCAGGCCAUGCAUUUGCACGUGCAUGCGUUCCCUGCAGCAGUAACAGUUAAUCAUGGUGCUUGUUAUCACUCCAAUGGCUUUUCAGGGCUCAUCAUGGUCCCGUGCGCGAGCAUAGCAUGUGCUAUGCCAAGUGCAAAGGAAGGGUUGGCAAGUUUGGGAUUUGUUGCCGGGCCAUCAUAAGGAAAGGUCGUUAGGGGCGGCCGGCCCCAGACCGUGCAAAGACACAAGUGAAGGGUGUACACUGGCUGCUUUGCGGGUGUUGCUAUUUGUGUCCAGUUGGUGUAGUGACAAGGGAGUUGACAAGCCAACAAAGCCUGGUUCUGGCGCAGGCACGUGGCUGCUUGUUGUGAACUGUACGGUUGUUGUUGGCUGCACGGCACCCCGGAACUGUAAGGUUGUGCGACAUCCUGCGUUUUGGACGUGCAUAAUCUCUUUAAAGCAUUCUCGAUAACCGGCACCUGUAGGGGUUUUGCUUUCAUUGUCGGUCCAAGCACCGCAAAUUGGUCGACUGGCCCUGCGCUAGCCUUCCUUGGGUCGGCGCAAAAAAUACUUAUCCUACUUAAAGUGGUAGAAGGGGUGCAGAAGGCAGCACACGCAUCGAAGGAAAGCGGAGAGGGCGGUCAGGAAGUGUCGACGGGGUUGUCCCUUGGCGGGAUGGGUAUAGGGGGAACACAUGGGGAUGGGGGCUCACGACAUUAGAUGAUUAGGAAUGGGGGCAUGUCCCCUCUUGGUAGUGCAAAAUAGUAUAAUGUAUGUCCUAGGAGGCUAGGACAGCUCAGACCAACGCCCAACUAACGCGUACGGUAUACGGCACCCCAACCGCCCUCAGCAGUUGGGCAGCUCGUGAGUGGGAGCUGUUAGCUGUACGCGCAGCCGGCUGGGAAGCUGCGUGCCAGGGCUAGACGUGCAUGGUACUUGACGCGAGUUGGGUGGCUGCGCAAGUGGGAGCGGGUAGUUCCGGGGCCGGACGGCUGGGAAGCUGCAACUGGAGGCUGCCCCGCACAUUCCCCGGC